GGCGCGUGACAGUCCUUGCCAGUCAGUGCCAGUACUCGUCAAUCAGUGCCAGUGCAAACGUAGUCUGCAGAGGGAGUUCGGAGACUCAGCCGGCGGAUUUCUGCGACAAGGAGCCAUGGCUUCCAAGAAGGCCGCCGCCCACGAAAAGAGGCAGUUUUACAAGAACUCCGUCCUCGAGUACUUGAAGGAGAAGGGCGAGGAGGACGCCCACGCGAGAGAUGAGGUCCUGACGAACCUGACUUCGGACUUGGGCCUCAACAAGGAUGAGAAGAAUGCUUUAAAUCAGGCCAUAACUACCAUGGUUGCACAGGGUCUUCUGACUCUUGAAAUGGACAAUGGCAGGGAGAAUCUGCGGCUCUAUGAUGCAGACAAAAGCAUCAGUAAGCCAAAGAAGAAGAAGAAGAAGGCUAGGAAAGGUAAAAGCAAAAGGUUCAAACCAGAACCGAUAAGGUAUCCGGAUUCAAUAGCCACCACUUCAGUGGCCACCACUUCAGUGGCCACCAGUGAUUCUGACGUCGAGUCAGACUAAAAUGGAGGGGCGUGAAGCUGCCCUUGAAAGGAAAAGCAAGACCACUUCGUAGCCAGUAGGCGCUAGUGGGUCUGUCACCAGCCUGGAGUGAAUGUGCGCAAAACGUUCGACCAUCCCCAUGCCGCCAUCAGCCCCAGGGGGUGACGGCAUCACACACUCCGUCUUGCUCCUCCUUCCGAAGGUGGCUGGUUAUCCCUUUCUACGGCUUUACAUCUGCCUCCGACAUUGUGGAAUGCACCAUUCACCAGGAGGGGGCGUGGCACUCCAGUUGUCACUCCAUAUACACACCUGUAUCAGCUGCGCGUGAUUCCCGUAGUUCCAUCCCCUUUUCUUUUAUUUUUCGCUUUUAUUUCUAUUAUAUGCAUUUGUUAGUUUUAUUGUUUCUACUUUUGGUUCAUGUAUUCAAUUUGUAUUUUGAUUCGUUUUGUAUUAUCAUAAGGUCAUGAUUUACUGCUUCUUUUUUUACCGAUUUCUCAAUUCGUGACGUACUGCAUGUUUGAAGAAUCACUGCUUCGAAUUCUUUCUUUGAUUUUUUUUUUUUAUAUUGUAGAAGAGCUUGUUUUAUCAUCUUAUUUUAUUGAUUCAUGUUUUACAAAUUCAAGGGUCUCAACUUUACUGUUUUAUGAUUUUAGCAUGUUUAUAAUUUAUUCAUAAACUCUUUUAGAACUCUGUGUAUUUUAUUUGAUUUUAUUUUGUUUUACUGAGAAAAAAGGUUCAAUAUGUUUUGACGUCACGUGUCCCCGGAGUCCCCGGGAACGGAGCAAAUAAACAGUGUCAAAUGGAA